UUUUUAUAAAAAGAGAAAAGAGAAAUGUUUUUCACGACCUUUGAAUUCCACUCCAGUUGCCCACAACACAAACAGACAGCUCUCCCAUCACUACCUCCACCACCACCCAGUAGAUAUUUUAUUUAUUUAUACAUUCUGAAUUGUAUAAAUAAAUCCCAUCUCAUUUUGGUCCAUUUGGAAACGCAAAACAAAAAGAAAAGAAAAUAGAAAGAAGAAGAAAAGAUUAUUAGAGCUCUCAGACUCAGACCCAGACUCAGAGAUGCAAAGAUAAAGCAAAGAGAAAACAGAGCAUCUCCAUCUUCUUCUACUCGGCCAAGUACCCUGUUUUUGUAAGACAGGGUCCUCUGAGUCUGCCUAAAACCACUGCUAAUAAGGCAAAACUCAAAACCCAAAAACCCAAAAAAGAAAAAAGAAAAAAAGAAAAAACGGGGGAAUUGUGUCGGUGAAUUUGGAUUUAUUUUGGGAUUAAAUUUUUUGUUUGCUUUUGUUGGGUUUCAGAGACGUGGAGGCUUACCCAGAUGGCAAGCUUAGUGGCCAAGUAGCAUGCAAACCCUCUACCCCCCAAAAAGCAGCCCACUCGUUUUGCAUUCUCACACCCACAAAAACCCAAACACCAAACCCCACAACAAUUGAAGAACCAAAAGAAGAUGGACGGUGGAGGAGGUGCGGCAGAAACUAAUAGGAAGCGAGGGGUUGAGAACGACAAGCCGUACAAGGGGAUAAGGAUGAGGAAGUGGGGCAAGUGGGUGGCUGAGAUUCGAGAACCCAACAAGCGCUCCAGAAUUUGGCUCGGCUCCUACUCCACCCCCAUCGCCGCCGCUCGGGCCUACGACACGGCCGUUUUUUACCUGCGGGGCCCGUCGGCGCGCCUCAAUUUUCCCGAGGCUCUGCCGGUCGAAGGCGGCGGCGUAGGCUGCGGAUGCGGCGAUAUGUCGGCGGCUUUGAUACGCAAGCGGGCCACCGAGGUCGGCGCCCGAGUCGACGCCGUCGAGACGGCUAUGCGCCACCACCGUGGUGGCACCGCGGCGCCAAACGGAGGUGCCGCUGAGAUUAAGCCCUGCGUGGGUGGAUUCGUGGAUCGGGUCGACCUGAAUAAGAUGCCCGACCCGGAGAAUUCGGACGGUGACUGCGAGUGGGAGACGAAUUAGUGAGAGAGAGAGAGAGAGAGAGAGAUAGAGAGACUAUGUUAAUCUUCAUCUCUUUGUUUCUGAAAUUGAGGGGUGGCUUUGCUAACAUGCGCAGGGGAGGUAUGUGACGGCUGAAGCAAUGAUGAAGCUUUCGUCCUGGUCCUGGAUUAGAGAAUUAGAAUUAGCCUACUGUAUCCGUUUUUUUCCUAUCCUUUUUCUUUUCUUUUCUUUUUUGUUCAGAAAGAUUUUUGCAUUUUGAUGGAGAAAUUUUGGCCCUUACGAAAACGUGAUAUAAGAUGUAAAUUAUGCUAGAAAAUUAGCUAAUUUUCCCCUUUUGCUGUGUAUUUAUUCCUUUGUUUUAAUUUUAAUUUGUUCCUCCUAGUUGGAACUUGGUGGGUGAGA